AUGCCGAUCCAAUCACGGAUCACAAAAGCCGUUGCCGGCUUACCAGACGCGUCUUCGGACGCAACCUCCUAUGGUGGGUACGAUGAGGCCUUCGAAGGCCUCGACGAUGCCUUUUUAGAGGCAGCGUUCUCCCUCCCGGCCCCCAGCAGUCCAAGGACUUCCAGUUCAACUGGGAGUCCCUUGGCUGCUCCUCCACCAGCUCCAACGGAGCAAUCGCACGGAAGGGAGGGUGCGAACAGCCGGGCAUCCAACAGGAUGCCCACUGAGCUGGACCCAGCUCAGAUCUGCGACGUGUGGGGGUACUACCUUUCGGAGGCCACCCCAAGCGGUGGGUGGUUCUCCCAAGAAGACCGGGAUGGUCUUCUUGAAUACCUCGAGAACAAGGUCCGCACCACACCGUGGCAGUUGUUCGUCUCACCCUUCACGGGUGAGACAGCAAUGGACUGCCCCUUGCUCGGGGUGAAGAGCGUGGCCGAAGUUUCCAUUCAACUUAAUGAAUGGGAACAUAACUACAUCCGGGCCACGAAGCUGGUCCAGCAGAGAGGCUGGAGCUUCACUGAAUCGAAGAACACGGCAUACGCAAACAGGGCCAUCUACGAUUCAUGUGCCGACUUUUUCAAGCUCCAUGCAAUCAUCUGCCACCAGAUGUUCUCGAACCCCCAGCAGAGUAGCCCAACCGAGCCCAAAUCGGAGAGCGUCUCACAAAGUUUCCCAUCUCCUCCUUAUCGCGUUAUUGAGGUCGAGAGCAUCGACCUCAUGGGAUCUUUGAACGUCAACGAAAGCAACGCCUACGGAGGCCCUCCCGUAGAGGUGUCUAACAAACCCGAGGGUGAUAGGGGCCCCGAUCCCCUCCCUACAGCUUCCAACUCUGCCGAUAAGGGCAAGAAGAGAAAGAUGUCAGAUGCCGACUUGGACCAGGGAGGCCGUCCUGCCGUUCCACAUAUCAACAGGGCCAGCACUCCAUACCCCUACAAGAGAACUCGCAGGAGCUACCCCUAUGAAAAUAGGCCGAUUGCAGAAGACCCUGCCAGCGAGGGCACCGCUCCCAAGAACGUCAAUUAUACGAUCGGUGAGGAUCCAGCCGUAGUAAUUGCGAGAUACCAGUAUCUCAGCCGAAAGGCUGAACUAGGAUUUCAACUCGAAGUUCAGAAACUCGAGUAUCAGAGACAACGAGAGGAGAUGGAGGCUAGGUACAAGGCGGAAGAGGCGGACAAACAACGUUAUUUUGAACUGGAGAAGUUGCGAUUGGAGCUUUCGCUUCAGGAAUUAAGAUUGAGGGCUAAGAAUUAA